CAAAACUGUAAAGUGAAAGUAGAAACUAAAAUUAACCACAACAAGGUACCUGUUUGUUAAUGCCCUACGAUAAUGGACAAGCUUCAAACCAUAAAUUUCCUUUGGAAAAAAUGUGGAAGAAAUUUACAAAGGAAUUGUCAGAAUGGAGUACAAAGACUUCUUUCUCAUCCUGUUCCUUUGAAGCGAUGCAUAUCAGACUUCAGGAUACCUACAGAAAUUCAAGUCUGCAAAAGACCUCCAUUAAAAGUAUUCACAGCACAGUACUCCACAGUGUCUGAAUUAAGCCCAGCGGAAUAUGAAGAGAUUGCUGAUGAGACUCUAGACUCCUUGACAGAGGCCUUUGAAGAUCUGCCAGAAAGAUUGGAGUGUCAUCCAGAAUAUGAUACGGGCUACAGUAGUGGAGUCCUGACAGUGAAGGUUAGCCCAGAAUGGGGAACAUACGUGAUCAAUAAGCAGUCACCAAACAAGCAGAUAUGGUUCUCAUCUCCAAAGAGCUUAUUUAUUUCAGUGGUCCAAAGCGAUUUGACUUCAUUGGUGGCAAGUGGAUAUACAGUCAUAGUGGUGAAAUUCUACAUGAAUUGUUGACUGAUGAAAUAUCUAAAGCUAUAGGCCAUUCUGUAGACUUCACCCGGUAUUCAUAUGGAAAGAGAUAGCACAAACAUGUACAGUUUUACAGUUGUAAUAUUCAGAUAAGAAGAGACAAGCGAUUCAAGCUAGGUUAUGAAUACCUGUUUUUACUACCACUAUCAAAAAUGUUAUUUCAUUCAAAAGAAGUGACAUUAUACCAGUGCGAGUUACAGCAUAACGGUGGACAACUUAUAUUUUGUUGUAGAAAGUUAUAUUAUUAAAACUGUUAUUGCA